ACCUGUGCGAACCCACGUGGAGCGACAGCGUAAUUCCAGCAGAAAGAAAAACAGCCCCGUGUCGCUCUCAAAUUCCUGUGGGAUUAACACUUGGUCUUCUCUUCCAUAGGUCUCAUAAACAGCCACAGGAACAUGCACGGGAAUGUUCCACGUCCAGUGCCGUUGGCUCCUCCGAGGUGGAACAMCCCCCGCCAGCCCGGCUACGCUGGGAGAGGAGCAUUUUCUGCCAGGUACCCCCAGCAGGCUCCCAGGAAUUUCCACCCACGCCAGACUCACACCUGGAGGAAAAAAUACUCCCUGGAUAACCGGCUGCCAGGAGCGGGGUGUGAUGUUGGAAGUGCUUCCGGCGCUUCCCAGGGUUUUGGGAGUCUCGGGGACGGCCAGACUGCCGAGCCACCGGCAUCGUUCCCGGAGAGACACGUGGACUUCACCAUGGAUGGGAACAUCGUUGUGGAUAUCCAGGUGCCACAAAGGGCUGGCCAGGAAAACAUGGGUCCUCACAACGAGUUUUCUGGGCGGGAAGCCACGGCAGCUCCUUUGGCUGAUGGGAAUAUCCAGAAAUCUCUUCUCCAAAAGGAAGAGAGAAGACCUUCCCUGUCCAUUUCCUUCAGCUCCACGUCGAGGACGGUGUGUCUGCCUGGAAGUGGAGCCAGUAGCUCCUUUUCCGCCUCUGGAAGCACCAGUGAAAGUGCUGUGACGCUGAAGUCGGAGCCACARAAACCUUUGGAAUUACCGGGUCAGGAGCUAGCCCAGCAUAUGGCACGGAUCAAGACAGAACCCUCGUCUCCAGGGCACCCGAUUGGUGAGGAAAUCCGGGAUGCUUCCCUGCAUCCCGAACUCUUUGGGAAUGCCGAGACGCUCUCUAGACCCUCUCAGGUUGGGCUGGCUCCAGUGAAGAGCAGGUUUCCCGUAAUUCCCAAAACUCCCGGUCUCCUMAAAGCUGCCUCAGCACCCAUCACCAGCAAAUCUCAGAAAUUCAAGAAAAAUAACUACACCUGGGUGGCAAACCCYGGGAAAAGCUCUCGGAUCGUGAAGAGGAGCCCCCGAUCGGAAAAUUCCAAGAAGGGCAUUACAGGAGUGGACAAAGGUGCUAAAAUUUCCCCCAAAGUGGAUUUGGGAGCAAAGGUAAAGAAACUAGGAUUGCAAUCCAAGCCAGGGGUUUCUCCCAGUAAAUAUAAAUGGAAAGCCUCCAGCCUACAGACCUUGCCUUCCACUUCCAAGUCAGCAUUCCAGUGGAGRUCUGAGGACCAGAAGAAGCCUCCAGUUCCAAAUAUCUCUCGAACCCCAUCUGUCCCGCUGGCUCUGAGUGUGGCGUCUGUUGUUUCUGGUGGGAUGAAAUCCUUCGGAGAGGCUGCGCUGUCCAGUUACAAAGUGAAGAGUCGGACAAAAAUMAUCAGGAGGAAAGGGAAUGUGGGUUCCCCCACGGAUAAGAAGAACAUCUCCCCCACCRUAGCCCUGAAGAGCCGCUUCCACCUCCGGAGGAAAACUUCCAUUCGGGGAAAACCUUCAGUGACACCAAAACGCUCCUCACCCCGGGGCCUGGUGCAGAUUUCCAAGCACAGGCUCUGCCGGUUGCCGGUGACCAGGACACAGGUGGCCUCCAAGGAAGGAUCCAGCUUCCACUUCUUGAAGACCCCCCCAGCCAACAAAGUGAUAAAGACGCGCUACAGGAUUGUGAAGAAGAAUGUGGUGUCUCCAGCCUUACCAUCCUUCACCAGCCCCAUUCCCGCCUGGAAGAUCAGGCGCCCCGGGACAUCCAGAUCCCCAUUGCUAAACCAAACCCGACCCUCACUCCAAGGUGGCAAAUCGCAGCUCGCGCAACAGCUCUGGAGGAGCAAAGGCUUCCGCUGCAUCGGCGGGGUCAUGUACCGCGUGUCGGCCAACAAACUCUCCAAAACUUCCAGCAGCCCUAUCCGGGCCAGGGAACUGAGCAACAGAACUCCCAUCAGAGCAGCACUGAGAUUGCACUCCACACCCAGUCCUGGGAUUUCUCCACCUGGCCUGAACAGAUCCUCCACGUCCCGAUACAUGGCCAGCCGCGCCGUGCAGCGGAGCUUGGCCAUCAUCCGUCAAGCCAAGCAGAAGAAGAAAAAGAAGGAAUAUUGCAUGUACUACAACCGCUUUGGGAAGUGCAAUCGGGGCGAGAACUGCCCCUACAUCCAYGAUCCGGAGAAAGUGGCCGUCUGCACCAGGUUUCUCCGUGGCACUUGCAAGAAGACAGAUGGGACCUGUCCAUUUUCCCACAAGGUGUCCAAAGACAAGAUGCCGGUGUGUUCCUACUACUUGAAGGGGAUCUGUAGCAACAGCAACUGCCCCUACAGCCACGUCUACGUGUCCAGGAAGGCAGAAGUGUGCCAGGAUUUCCUCAAAGGAUAUUGUCCCAUGGGAGAAAAGUGCAAGAAGAAGCACACACUGGUUUGUCCYGACUUUGCCAAGAAGGGCGUCUGUCCCAAGGGUGCCCGGUGCAAACUCCUGCACCCUCAGAAGAGACGUCACUCACAGCAGGCUGGACACGAUGGAGCCCACAACAACCCCCCUUCCAAGUGGAGACGGCUCCAGGAGGAGUCACGUAGGAAUGAUCCAGCUCAGCUCCAGGAUGAUGGGGAAAUUCCUGGACCCUCUGGUGCGGAUCAAGAUGUGAAGUUUUGGAAGGAGAAGGACUCYAAGCCAAGCAGCUGCCUGCAAAAGCUGCCAUCCUUCAUCUCCCUSCGAUCCCCGGAAUCUCCUGGUUCCCAGGGCUGCAAAGUGGAGAGGGAUGAGGACGAACCAGAGGAUGAGCCAGGCAACACCAAACGGAGAAGGAUUUUGCCAAGGGCAUCCCUGCAGGAUUCYGAGAGCCCCCGUGUGGAGGGUGGCAGAGGCAAACGGCUGCAGAUCAAGCCCCGGCUGUGAGUCAGUCCCGAUCCCGUGGCAGCCGACCAGCUCAGGAACCGGAGAGCCAGGAAAAGACCUGGCACCUACCUCAGGAUGCCAUGUCCAGGCAUGGCACCCCCCUCCUCCUCUCGUUUUUUUCCGGGGACGUCAUUUGGACGUGGAGUUGUGUGGCAGCGUGGGAAUAACACCGCUCAUUCCUGCGGGGAAAUGGCUUUUGUUUGGAAUCUUUGAAUUGACCAAUAAAUGUCCUUUACAGCUGGUUUAUUGAAGGCAAGUCCUGCCMCCUCCUUGGAUGCUGGGGAGAGCUUCCCAUGGCCAUCCAUCCUCUGGUGCUGUCCCAGACACGAGGUGAUAGGGGGGCCUGAGGUGGUUCAAUGCCAUCAGGGGACAUUCCCRCAUCCAGGUCAGGGAUGUGCUGGGGACAGGUCACUGCUGGGGUGUAAUGGGUGUGAGGUCCCCACAGCCCCAAUCCUGCCAUUCCAAGAGCCCCAUCCCCUUGCUUUUGGGAGGAAAUUCCUUGGAGCUGAGAGCAUCCCUAAUGGAAAUAUGUUGGGAGCAGCACUGAGCUCACACUCUGCAUUUUGGGGUCUCCCAUGGCCUCAUUGCACCCRACCRCCACCUCUCCCUAUCCCAGUUGGGKUUUGGGCUCCAYUGGGGAACUCAAACCRACUCUUCAGGGUUUGGAAUAUUUUGGGGCUCUCCCAAUCCAAGCAGAAGCAGGACAGGGGGUGAGCGUUAUGCCACUGGAGCAAUGGGGKUUUGCAUCUGUAGGUAUAAUUUCCAAGGGAUUUUGGGGUGGCAAGUGCUGCUCCCCCACACGGAUGAGAUUUUGGGAACAGCUGCCUUCGCCAAGAGGUGCCAAGAGCAGGAGCAGCCAUUGSGAGGGGUGGGAUUUGCUCAUCCACUGCUCCUCAGGCAAAAUCCCAAGGGGAGAAGGCAUCAACAGGAAUUUGGGAAAAACUGGGGCUCCCUGGGCAUGCAACAUCCAGGUGUGAUCAGAGUUGGGGUGGGAAAUGCCAACACCCCCCAAACAUCCCCACAGGGGUUUCCCUCCCCAAGUGACUGCCAUGGAGGGGUUUUGUCACCAUCCCAAAUCCACAACACCCCCCAGGUGAUGGAGGACCAGUGGGUCCCCACCCUGGGAUGUCAUUUGUGCCCCAGGGUGUUUCUGAUAAGUUGAUUUUUAAUAAAAACAUUGUGGUUUUCGUUGUUAUUAAAAUGUCUUUUGUUAACUCCUGUGUUUUGAUAUGUAAAUAAAGAGUUUCCUCCCCUGGGAUGG